AUGUCGUUAGAUACAUUAUUAAUACCAGCAGUCAAUUGGUCUUUAUUUCUAUUAACUAGCUUAGUAAUAUGUCUUCGUACAUAUGCACCACUGAUAUGUAUAUGGAUUCUAAAUCAAUUUUAUUCUCCAUCCAUGACAAUCGAUGCGCUUACAAAUGAAUUAAAAAAUGUAACAUGUGAAUUAAAAACAAUUUCCCCGCAAGAUGAAUUUGCUGCAUAUUCGCGCAAAGAACGACAACGUAAUUCACUUGUUGAACGUCUUAAAACUGAACGAAACAAUAUUGAAACGAAACAAAAAACGUUAUUAACUUAUAUUCGAACGAUUCUCAACAUUGGAACUGUUUUCAUUAUGAUCUUUCUGACAAUACAAACUCGACGAACUGAUAGAACAUUUUUAUUUUAUUUUCCAUUUUUUCGCUUCCCAUUAGUUAUUUGGAUUAUGGCAUUAAAUACAUUUGUUAAUACAGUUACUAAGAUUUAUCUUAGAUAUCUAACAAAUAAAAAAAGUACGGAGAAAUAA